AGAGCGUCGAGUGGGUGAUACACGUGUUGUGGAAGAACACAGAAAAACGUAAAAAACACGACAAAAGACGUUCUAACAUGGCUAAAUCAAAGUCCGCCAAGAAGGCUCAACCGGAUGAGACAAUCAAAACGAAAAAAGUGAAGGAAAGUGUUGAUGAAAAUAAAAAUGUAACAAAUGGGACAAAGAAAAGCAAAAAGAAGUUGAAGAAUGGAACAGCGAAAGCCCCUGCACCCCCUGUUAAGAAACCAGCUCGAUCAGAUUCAAGCUCAGAGGAUUCAGAUGAUGAAAUGGAUACAAGUCCUCCAGUUGCCAAAAAAGAUAAGACAAAACCUAAGAAAACUCCAAGAAAAGAAUCCAGCUCCUCAGAGUCAGACUCAGAAGAUGAAACUCCACCUAAGACAAAACCAAAAGCAGACGUCCUCAAACUAAAAGGUAUCAARAAGCCAGCUGAUUCRGAYUCUUCUUCUGACAGUGAUAGUGAAGAUGAAAAGCCUGCUUCAAAGAAAGCAGUCAAGAAUGGUCCAGCACCAAAGGCUCAACCUGCAAAAAAAGAAUCUAGUGAUGAUUCAGAUGACAGCUCAGAAGAUGAGAAGCCUGCCGCAAAAGCAGCACCCAAGAAAGCAGAAACUGCAAAGCCAGCAAAAAAAGAUGAGUCUAGUGACGACUCUGAUGACAGUUCUGAAGAUGAAAAGCCUGCCCAGAAGGCAGCACCUAAGAAAGCUGAGGCUAAGAAGCCAGCAAAAAAAGACGAGUCUAGUGACGACUCAGAUGACAGUUCUGAAGAUGAAAAGCCUGCC